AUGUGGGCAUUGGAGACUGGAGGGAGGAAGGAGGAUGCUUUGGCCCUGACAUGGCAUUCGUCCUCUCUGCAAAGCUACGGGCAGGUUUAGGAAGCAGAAAACAAGGAAACUGGUGCUUUGGCAGCUGCCAAAGUCAUUGAAACAAAGAGUGAAGAUGAACUGGAGGAUUACAUGGUGGAGAUUGAAAUACUGGCGACCUGCGAUCACCGGCACAUCGUCAAGCUGCUGGGAGCAUUUUAUUGGGAUGGCAAACUCUGGAUCAUGAUUGAGUUCUGCCCAGGCGGGGCGGUGGAUGCCACCAUGCUGGAGCUGGACCGCGGCCUGACCGAACCUCAGAUUCAAGUGAUUUGCCGCCAGAUGUUGGAAGCUCUCCAUUACCUCCACAGCAAAAAGAUCAUCCACCGUGACCUAAAGGCAGGCAACGUGCUCCUUACCCAGGAUGGAGACAUCAAGCUGGCUGACUUUGGAGUGUCUGCCAAGAACAUGAAAACCUUGCAGAAGCGAGACUCCUUCAUUGGGACUCCUUACUGGAUGGCCCCGGAGGUGGUGAUGUGCGAGACGAUGAAGGACACUCCGUACGACUACAAGGCGGACAUCUGGUCCCUGGGAAUCACGCUGAUCGAAAUGGCCCAGAUCGAGCCGCCCCAUCAUGAACUUAACCCCAUGAGAGUCCUGCUGAAGAUUGCCAAAUCUGACCCUCCCACACUCAGCUGCCCUUCCAAAUGGUCCCUGGAGUUCAGAGACUUCCUGAAGACGGCGCUGGACAAGAACCCGGAGACCCGGCCCAGUGCUGCCCAGCUGCUGGAGCAUCCCUUCGUCAGCAAGGUGACCAGCAACCGAGCCCUGCGCGAGCUGGUGGCCGAGGCCAAGGCUGAGGUGAUGGAAGAGAUCGAGGACAGUCGGGACGAAGUGGAAGAAGAUGACUCGUCGGAGUCUGCCUCGCCCCUCGGCAAGCACAAGCGGGACCCCUCUGAGGCAAGUCAGCUGAGCUUUGAUGGGGAGAAGCCUCCGGACUCUUCCUUGCCCAAGGCAGUGAAUGGGCCUGUGGGGACUGGCAAGGAGACCACAGAUGGACAGAGCGAUAAAGUCUCAGAUGAAGGGAUAAACAGUGACAGUGACAAACUGGAGAGCAACCACUCCACAAAAGCCCUUGCCAGCUCAGCCACCCAGGGCAAGCCAGACAUCAUCUCUCAGCCUGGCCAGCUGGGUAACUCAAUGGAGCGGGACAGGCAGUCCAGGUCAGGCAGCAAGGAGCGGAAGAGCAUCGGGGAGCAACUGGAGAGCAACUACCUGGAGAACUUCACAGAGGAGAAGCUUGCCAAUGGGAGCUUGGAUCCCCUGACUCCAUCCCUUGGCAGCCGGUCCAAAGGGGAUUCAGAUUCUGGCAGUACUUCAGCCUCUGAAAGCAUGGACCUCACCAUCUCCCUGUCUGCUGACCUGUCCCUCAACAGAGAGAGUGGCUCCAUCUCCCUGAAGNNUUCCCGGAUGCACAAGAAGACGCUGAAACGCACCCGCAAGUUUGUGGUGGAUGGAGUAGAGGUGAGCGUCACCACCUCGAAGAUCAUCAGUGAGGAUGAGAAGAAGGAUGAAGAGAUGAGAUUUCUCAGGCGGCAAGAGCUGCGGGAGCUGCGUCUCCUUCAGAAGGAGGAGCACCGAAACCAGGCCCAGCUCAACAGCAAACACCACCUGCAGCUGGAGCAGAUGCUCAGGCGCUUUGAGCAAGAAAUGACGACAAAGAAGAAGUUCUAUGACACUGAACUGGAAAACCUCGAACGGCAGCAGAAGCAGCAGAUUGAGAAGAUGGAACAAGAUCACUCGCUGCGCCGGCGGGAGGAGGCCAAGCGCAUUCGCCUGGAGCAGGAGCGGGACCAUGUCAAAUUCCUGGAGCAGCUGAAGCAGAUGAAGAAGGAGGUCAAGAACGAGGUUGAGAAGCUGCCACGGCAACAGCGCAAAGGGAACAUGAAGGUGAAGAUGGAUGACUUCGCCCAGAAGAAACAAACUAUGGAACAGGAGUUUUUGGCCAAGCAGAAGGAGGACCUGGAGCUAGCCAUGAAGAAUAUAACCGCCCAGAACAAAAAAGAGAUCUGCGACAAGGAACGCGACUGCCUGAACAAAAAGCAGCAGCUCAUGAGAGACCGCGAGGCAUGCAUCUGGGAUCUCGAAGAGCAUCAGCAACAGGAGAAACAUCAGCUUGUCAAGCAGCAGCUAAAGGACCAGUAUUUCCUCCAGAGGCAUGAGUUGCUCCGGAAGCAUGAGAAGGAAAGGGAACAAAUGCAGCGAUACAACCAGCGUAUGUUAGAGCAGCUGAAAAUUCGGCAGCAGCAGGAGAAAGCCCGGCUCCCCAAAAUCCAGCGGAGCGAAGGGAAGACGCGCAUGGCCAUGUACAAGAAGAGCCUUCACAUCCACUCCAGCGGGAGUGCAUCUGAGCAGCGGGAGAAGAUAAAACAGUUUGCCCAGCAGGAAGAGAAGAGACAAAAAGCAGAGCGGCUGCACCAGCAGCAGAAGCACGAGACGCAGAUGAAGGACAUGCAGGCCCAGUGUGAGAGCAACAUGAACGAGCUCCAGCAGCUGCAGAAUGAAAAAUGUCAUCUCUUGAUUGAGCAUGAAACCCAGAAGCUAAAGUCCCUGGAUGAGAACCACAACCAGCACAUGAAGGAGUGGCGAGACAAGCUGAGGCCACGAAAGAAGGCCCUGGAGGAUGAGUUGAACCAGAAGAAGCGUGAGCAGGAGAUGUUCUUCAAGCUUAGUGAGGAAGCAGAUGGACAGACGCCAGCAUCUCCAACCAAACACGCCAAGUUCGUCCCAUUCAGCUCCGCAGAGAGCUCGUAACACCCCACAGCUGGCAGGACACCAGCUGGUACUUGCUGUGUUCUCCUGGGCUGCAGGUGGGCAACUUGGACUUGG